AAAGGACUGGAGCAGUUAAAGGAGACAUGGAUGAUAUUUUCUUCUUACAAAUCUCUGCCAAAGUCAACAAAAGCAAGCUUAAAACUGAUGAAAUCUUUGCAAAGCUGGAUAUUUUGGAUGUGAUUUCAUUUAGCUAAUGCAGCAGCAAAGAUUGCAUCUCUUUGUACUUGGAGAAAACUUUCGUUGUAGGUUUUGCUUUGUUUUAUUUCAGAAUUACUGCUGGCAGUUUACAUAGAAUUUCUUAGGGACUUUGUGUUUCAUUGCAGUACUUUUAUAAUGGAAAUGAAAUUAUCAGAGACACAUCAUAUUGCCCUAAUUCUGUGACUUCAAUGUAUAUGGCUUAUCCUGGAUUACUUAUUCUCUCAGUAAUUUUUUUACUAGUGAUUCCUUGCAACCAAUUUUUCUGUUGCUCUUGUUAAUAAAAUGCUAAAGAAAAACUGUAAGUUUCACAUUUAGCUAUAUUCAUGGAAGGAGAAUAAAACUUUGCAAGUUGGUAGUCUAUAAAUAGGGCAGCUGUGAUUAAUAGGAUACUAGAAAAAUAUUUGUCAGUCCUGCCUAGCUUUCAGUUCUGUAAUAGCAGAAUUACUAAAUUAACAUUGAAACAAAUACUGGACAAAAGUCAUCAGAUGUGAAUAAUUUAGAAGUGCUGAAAAAGUAAUAGCCUAGGUUUGUGUUUGAAAAAAAAGAGAUCAGUAGAUUGCAAAUCCUCCUAAUAGGGAGUUUAGGUACUAUUUUUAACUGGAAAAGUUACUUGAAAGCUAUCUGGUUUUACCCUGUGCAAUAUAAGUCUGCAGGAAAGGUAGGUGAAUGUCUGAAAUUGUGGAUGCUUCAUGUGAAAGAGCAGGCUCAUCCCCUGUGGGAGUUUUGCUGGUUGUUUGGGGCAUGGAAGGAGCAUUAUGGUCCAAGUGGAUUCCAGCAGCAGAAACGUAAUCUGUGUGUUGCUCUUUCAGGUUUGAGUAUGAGCACAGUUGAAGAAGAGUCUGACACAGUGACAGUAGAAACCGUGAACUCUGUGACUUUGACUCAGGAUACUGAAGGGAACCUAAUUCUUCAUUGCCCUCAAAAUGAAGCUGAUGAAGUAGACUCUGAAGACAGCUCCGAACCUCCACACAAGAGGCUUUGCUUAUCAGAGGAUGAUCAAAGCCUUGAUGAUUCUACUCCAUGCAUUUCUGUUGUUGCAGUUCCAAUUUCAGAAAAUGAUCAGAGCUUUGAGGUGACCAUGACUGCUACCACUGAGGUAGCUGAAGAUGAGAUUAAUGAAGGAACUGUUACCCAGAUUCAGAUUCUUCAGAAUGAGCAGUUGGAUGAAAUCUCCCCAAUGGGCAAUGAAGAAGUAUCAGCUGUUAGUCAAGCCUGGUUCACAACCAAAGAGGAUAAGGAUUCUCUAACCAAUAAAGGCCAUAAAUGGAAGCAAGGGAUGUGGUCAAAGGAAGAAAUUGACAUUUUGAUGAGUAACAUUGAGCGUUAUUUAAAGGCCCGUGGAAUAAAAGAUGCCACUGAAAUUAUAUUUGAAAUGUCAAAAGAUGAAAGAAAAGAUUUCUACAGGACAAUAGCUUGGGGUCUGAAUCGGCCUCUCUUUGCUGUCUAUAGAAGAGUUCUUCGCAUGUAUGAUGACAGAAACCAUGUUGGAAAGUAUACUCCUGAGGAAAUUGAAAAGCUUAAAGAGCUGAGAGUAAAGCACGGUAAUGAUUGGGCCACAAUAGGAGCUGCCCUGGGGAGGAGUGCUUCAUCUGUAAAGGAUCGAUGUAGACUGAUGAAGGAUACCUGCAACACAGGGAAGUGGACAGAGAAAGAAGAAAAAAGACUGGCAGAAGUAGUGCACGAGCUGACAAGCACAGAGCCAGGUGACAUUGUCACACAGGGUGUGUCGUGGGCUGCUGUGGCAGAACGGGUCGGGACACGCUCAGAGAAGCAGUGCCGCUCUAAAUGGCUCAACUAUCUCAACUGGAAACAGAGUGGGGGCACCGAGUGGACCAAGGAGGAUGAAAUAAAUCUGAUCUUGAGGAUAGCGGAACUUGAAGUUUCUGAUGAAAAUGACAUCAAUUGGGAUUUACUGGCUGAAGGAUGGAGCAGUGUCCGCUCCCCACAGUGGCUUCGGAGUAAAUGGUGGACCAUUAAAAGACAGAUUGCAAACCACAAAGAUGUUUCAUUCCCUGUGCUGAUAAAGGGUCUUAAACAGCUCCACGAGAACCAAAAAAACAAUCCAGGGCACCAGCUUCCAGAGAACAAAUGUGGCAGUGGCUUAGCAAACACGAACUCCAGCUCGGGGGUGCAGCACGUGCAGAUCCGGGUGGCUCGCUUGGAGGAGAGCACAGGCAGUGCCCCGAGCCCCGUGGCAGCUUUGCAGAUCCCAGUGCAGAUCACCCACGUCUCCUCCACCGAUUCCCCUGCUGCUACUGUUGACUCUGAGACAAUAACACUGAACAGUGGAACACUACAGACUUUUGAGAUUCUUCCAUCUUUCCACCUCCAGCCGACUGGGACCCCAGGUACCUACUUACUGCAGACAAGCUCGAGCCAAGGCCUCCCUUUAACGCUGACAACGAGUCCCACCAUGACCCUGACGGCCGCGGCCGCUCCAGCCUCCCCGGAGCAGAUCAUCGUUCACGCCUUAUCUCCAGAGCAUUUGUUAAACACAAGUGACAACGUCACAGUGCAGUGCCACACGCCGAGUGUCAUAAUCCGCACCGUUGCUGCUGAAGACAUCUCCUCCUCUGUCACCCAGACAGAACUGACUGUGGAUUCAGACAUUCAGUCAGCUGACCUGACAGAUCCUCCAGACACCCUCGGAGCAAAUACUUUCCCACAUGAUAUCCAUCAGUCCAAGCUGAGUGAUGAAGAGCAGUCAGCCUACAAUGAAGAUGAUGCUUCCAAAUUUAGCAGCAGGGAUAGUAGAGAACUGAUGGAUGGAGUUAUGGUAAGAACAGAGGAGGAGAUUGCUGAUGCUGGCCUGAAACAGAAUGAGGAUUCUCAAUCUGAUUUACCCAGCACUUACGUUACUGAGGACCUGGGUUCCCCAACAAUAGAAGAACAAGUUGAUCAGCCUGCAAUAGACGAUGAGACUGUGCUUAUUGUUCCUUCUUCCCAUGGUUUUAUCCAGGCAACGGAUGAUAUAGAUAGUGAAUCAGUCUUGCCCUUGACAACUCUCACAGAUCCUAUCCUACAACAUCAUGGAGAUGGGUCACACAUUAUUGGCUCAUCGUUGGGUAGUCCUGACUCAGAAGAUUCAAAGGAUGUUGAGGAUUUAGUGAGCUGUCACUGAGAACCAGCAAUGGUGUCCAUUUUCUAUUGACCAUGUCUGCAUUGUGAAAUUAGUUACAACCCUGUGCCACAUUUCCAAAGAAAGCAGUCACAGUCUGUCAAUUUGAACAGAAGCUUCCAGUGUGGGAUGACUACAGUGCACUUUCUCAGCUCAGGCUGUUUCCUUCAUCCGGGAGAGAGGACUGAGCCACCAGCCGAGGCCUGAGGUGCCACCUCUCACUGGGGUGUUCCAGUGUUCUGAAGAGCCUCUGUUGCAGUGCUCACAGUGCUUGGAUCCAUCCAGUCAGUUCUGAUCUGACUUGUUACUGAUGUGCUGAACUGCACACGUGGAAAACUGGACAGAAGUCAAGGACUGUGGACUGUAGCCUCUUAGUGCCACAGCAAGUAUUAGUUUGCACAGGUUUCAUGAAGAAUGGAUGAGGAUUUUUGCACUUACUGACUCUUGAAUACAUGGAAUAAGAGACUGUUACAUUUCAGGAAGGAGUGAGUUCCAUCAAAGACUUCAGGGAGCAUGGGCAGCAUCACGAAGCAGUGGUGUGUAUUCCCACCUCACCUGACUUGUUAGUAUGUCUGUGGCAUAGGAAGUAGGCAGAAGCUUAUGGGACUUGCCUGUUCCUAAGGAGUCCAUUGCUGGCAAUGGACAGCUCUGAAAGAUCACUUGUGGAAAAUCUUUUCUUGUUUUUUUGUUGUUUUUUUUUUUUUUUUCCUCUUAUCACUACAGCAAGCUAAAUAAAAAGGGAAGGGCUAUGAGAAAGGGAAGCUACUGGGACCCACCAGCCUCCCCCCUGGCAAGCUUGGAAUUUCUUUGAGAUUGUUAUGAGUAGGUUGGAACAUUUGUCUCUGUCACUGUUUACCUGACACUACCAGCCACCUUUCCAGACGUGAUUUCUGCAGCAAGUUAGUAAAUGGGGAGUGGUGUGAAGGUGGCAAAGUCUUGGAGGAGUAGCUCUGUGAGAGUCUGGACAUAGGGCCCCGAGGCAAAGGAGGCCAAUUAAUUCUUGCAUUGUUUGAAACAGACACUGGGCUGAACAGCAGCCUGUUAGCUAGGAAUCAAGAGAAAAAGCUAUAGAAACUAAAGACUUGUAUAAAUUAUUUUAUUUAUUUCUGUAAUUAGCUCUUCAUAAUCAAGAGUUGGUCUUUUUCAGUCUGUGGUUUUGUUAAUGUGAAAAAUAAGUUGUAGUUUUAAAUGGUUGCCUAGGGAACAGAAAUAAUUGUAUAUUCAGUUUCAACAAAAUAAAGAGUAUUUGUCUUA